AUCUGGAGUCAAUCAAGCAAGAGGAGAAAUGGGAGCAGGAUGCUCCUGAGGAAGCGGACGCACCGGUGGAACCCCCAACCUCCAACCAGCAGCAGUCCCCAAGGACCCAUCCUGGGGAAUCCCCUCUCCCAGGGGACAACGGGGGCGAUGAGGCACCCAACACCUGCCGGGAAUGCGGGAAGAGCUUCCGUUGCCGCUCGGCGUUGGUGAACCACCAUCGGAUACACACGGACGAACGACCCUUCGGCUGCCAGGAUUGCGGACGCCGCUUCAACCGUCGCUCCAACCUGACCACCCACCGACGCAUCCACACCGGUGACAUGCCCUACAAGUGUCCCGACUGCGGGAAGUGCUACCGCGUCAGCUCCACCCUCCUCCGGCAUCGGAAGACGCACACGGAUGAACGACCUUACCGGUGCGAGGAAUGCGGGAAGAGCUUCAGGCACAGAUCGACGUUGACCAUCCAUCACCGCGUGCAUUCGGGGGAGAGGCCCUACAAGUGCCCCGAGUGCCAAAAGACCUUCAAGAACAGCUCGGAGCUGGUGCGGCACGGGCGGAUCCAUACCAGCGAGCGACCCUACGAUUGCUCCCAGUGCGGGCGGCGUUUCGGCGACAGCUCCCAACUGGUGCGGCACUGGCGGACCCACACCAGCGAGCGACCCUACAGCUGCUCCCAGUGCGGGCGGCGUUUCAGCGACAGCUCCCAGCUGGCGCGGCACCAGCAGACGCACGCCGUCAAGCGCAAGCAUCCCAACCCAACCUGCGGGAAGAGCUUUUCCAACCAUCCCAGGCUCGCCAAGCACCAACUCGCGCACAACGAUGAGAGAGAUUUCCGCUGCCCCGACUGCGGCAGAGGCUUCAACCGUCGCUCCAACCUCGUGGUUCACCAGCGGUCCCACCUGGAGCAGAAACCCUAUAUUUGCCUGGAUUGCCCCAAAAGCUUCACCAGCAGCACCCAACUCAUCCAGCAUCGGCAGAUCCAUAGCGAGGAGAAGCCUUAG